UAUACAAAACACUUAAUUCGAGAUUGAUUAAUUCGAGAAAUUUUCAUUGAUAAAUUUUCUGGCAAAAGGGUAAGAUAUAAACAAUAAGAUGAAUUGUCUAGUCUUUGCUUGCUUGUUUAAACAGGUACUCCACAUGAUGGCCUACUGGGCAGAAUUCUCAACUUCUUUCAAAUAUCAUCUUGCCCGAGUUCCUGAUUACUUGUGGGUUGCUGAAGAUGGGAUGAAAAUGCAGAGUAAGGGUAGCCAAUUAUGGGACACUGUUUUUAUCACCCAAGCAAUUAUUGCAAGUGACCUAGUAGAUGAAUUUGGCACAACUUUGAAAAAGGCACAUCAAUUCAUCAAAAAAUCCCAAGUAUCACUUCCGCUCCUCAAGGCUUUAACUCAGAUACGAGAAAAUCCAUCGGGCAAUUUCCACAGCACGUAUCGUCACCCAUGUAAAGGUGCUUGGAUGCUGGCUGAUAGAGAUCAUGGUUGGCAAGUUUCUGACUCUACUGCUGAGGCACUGAAGGCUUUACUCCCGCAAUCAAAAAUGUCAAUAGAUGUUGUGGGCGAAAUGAUUGAAGUUGGAAGAUUAUAUGAAGCCGUUGAUUUUAUUCUAAGUUUGCAGGUUAGGGAUUAAUACAUUUAAAUAAAAAGAAAAGAUUCUUAGAUGUUUUUUUUUUUUUGACUAUCUUUUAUUCUUUGUCUCGAUAUUUUACCUUUACAUGGGGCAAAACUGGAGGUUUUACC